AUUAGCGUCUUAAAUUGACACGCUAAGCGCUAAUUUAGUCACUUCUCUAACACUCGUAUCGAUAGCAUGAAGCUAAAGAAAUAUCUACAUGAUCGAUAGUCCAUAGAUUAUACAUUAAGGUCUAUACAAGUAUCAUGUAUAAUCUAUGACAAGUAUAUAUGUAUGACUAUUGACUACGAGUGUCAAUGUCAUUUUUUAAUCAGCUGUCGGUGUCGAACGGAAGUUGACGUAUCCGUUAGAAGUAGAUUAUAUUAAAAUGAAUUUUGAAGAUAUUAAUUAAAAAAACACUGUUAGGUAUCUUGUCACAAAAUGGAAGCUUUAAAUAAUCUAGUAAUAAAGUUAGUGUUAUUUGUAAAUGUGGUUAGUUCGUCAACUGUAUCGCAACACAAAUUGAGUGAAGUGAAGUUGUUUGAAACACCGGCGUUAUACGACGUGGAAACAACACUGUUCCUCAAUGAUAUGUCCAGGACAGACAAGGAAAUCAGUUACAAGAUCAAGUCCCAACUCGCAGUACAACCCCUUUGGCGGAACACAAAUUCAGAAUUCUUAUUGAAACUGCAGUUACUGGAGCCUAAGCUAUAUCUUCGUGGUAAACAUCCUAAUGCUAACUUCAUGGCGCACCCCUCCGUGUGGGACUCACACAGUGACUCUUUGUUCUAUGUACACUGGAAGAAUGGACUUAUUCAAAAUUCAUAUCUAGAUCUCAAAGAGUUGCCAGAUUUCAUCAAUUAUAAAAAAUCUAUAAUUAGUUUAUUCCAGUUGCAAAUAAUCGACGGGGAAUACAACGAGACCGACGUUUCGGGACCUUGUACCGUCCUGUACGAGUCUAUAUCACGAGAUGUCUUUAGAAAAAUAAAGCGCGGGUGCUCGAUGGACGCGGGCGUGUGGCCGGGCGCGGCGCGGCGCGUGUCCCGCUACACGCUGGGGGGCCGGGGGGAGGGGGGCGAGGGGCAGGGGGAGGGGGGGCUGCGCGAGGCGCACGCCGAGGAGCAGCUGGAGCUGGGCGCGCACGGGGCCGCCAUCAAGGCGCGCUCCUGGCACCGGCUCCAGCUGGCCGCCGCCCCCGCCCCCGCCCCCGCGCCCGCCCCCGCCCCGCUCUCGGGCGCCGCGUCGCUCGAAGAAGCGCUCGCCGCUCUACCCGCGGAACUCUCCCCGGCACCCCUCACCCUCGUCGAAACAGAAACCGUCCCAGAAAAUGACUUGGUCAGUAUUGUGAACUCUUCCUUAUAUUAUCCUCUUUGAUGAAGAAAGCGAUGGCGUUGUCCCAGAAACGGUGGUGAAUAAAAAUGUUGAACCACCGAGAGGCUCGAGUUCCGUAAAUCUACUUAAAGAGAUUUGUCCGUUUAAUUAAACGUUGAAUCAUAUUCUCCAUUGUACGGCACAAGCGGGCGCUAGGUAUGUAGCUAUCGUAAGUUUGUUGAAUAAGACGAGCGCGUUAUCUCCGAACGACGAUAACCGGCGACCUCUGACCGGCGGCGGCGGUCCCCCCUCACCCCGCCCCCGUCCCCGUCCCGCGUAUCUCCGGGUCGCUUCUAACUUUUCGUUACACUCGACCGUAUAAAUAGAAAUGCUAUCGGUAUCCGAGUACAUAAGGUUCCGAUUAUUGUAUGUACACACUUAAAUGUGACAAAUGCAAACAAACAAUUUAUUGUUAUAUGCAUACAUAUUGAAAAUUAUUAGUUACUAGCUGGUUUCCCG